GUUGACAAUUGCAUGUGCUUUCGUUUCACUUAGUUACUGACAAGUGCGUGCUGUCUCAUCUACUAUAUACGUCGGAAGAAUUCUGAAAAAUUGAUUCAUCUGCUCGCAUAAGAGGUUAUAAAGAAGAUUAUAGAUAUUCUCAAGCAAUAGUGGAGCAUCCAGAGAGGGACUGAAGAUGAAGUCAUACCAUAGAUGAAGCUCUUGAAAAGCAUUUGAAAUGGGAAUCAAUGUCAAAGACAUUGCUUGAAGUUGAGGUAUUGACCACAAUGUUGAAAUCAGAGGCUCCUAAAUUUGGAUCUGAGACUGCUUCUUCAUUGCUUGGAAAGUCUCACACUUCAUCUGUGUAUUCCACCUUAGAAAAAGAAGUUUUCCCGAACUUUAACUGCCAAGACAUUGUAGAAAUAGCUGGAACUGCUGGCUGUGGCAAAACAGAGCUCCUCUAUCACUUUAUCUGCCGCUGCAUUUUACCUCCAAAAUGGAAAAGACUAAAUACUGGAGGGCUGAAUUGUAAUGUUAUACUUGUAAAAACCAGAGGUGUUUUUAAUGUCAGAAGAAUUGCUGCAAUUUUGGAGAAAAAAAUUAAAAAACUGAUUGUUGCUUCUGGUUCUUCAAUUAAGAAGGCAGAUAUUUUGACAUUUAUUGAAGAAAAGUUAAAAUUGGUUUAUGUUAUGACUUGUUUUGAUAGUGAUGCAUAUUUUUCGGCUCUUUGUAACCUAGCAUUUCAAAUACGAAUGAAAAAACAUAAUUACAUUAUUAUGAUAGAUGAAAUAGCGACAUUUUACUUGACAGAUAAAAUGUGUGCAUCAAACCAGGCUUCAUUCAAUCAUCUUAAUAACAAAAUAGUUACUUACAUUAAGGUAAUUUCAGAAAAGCAUAAGUGUCCAGUGAUUGUCACUAGACGACAGAUUUAUACAGAUGAAGCUGCUGAUAAAAAAUGCCUUGGGGCUUUAUGGCAAAAUAUGGUAACUUGUGACAUAUUAUUACAUUUGGAGAAGGUUACUGACAGUGGAACUGUAAUUUCACUCGCGAAUCAUAAAAGUGGAAUUUCAAGGAAGUUUUGUAUACAAAAUGAUGGCUUGACUUUUUUGAUAAAUUCUUAAAUUGUAUUGAAAUGUUUGUAAAAUCUACUG